GUGGACUAGCUCCUGAGAUACCUUCAUCUCUGUGGACCCUUAGAGAUCACUUGAUUCUUAACUUGUCUUCAAACUUCCUCAACAGCCAACUACCCCUGGAAGUUGGGAACAUGAAGUCCUUACUGGUAUUGGACCUGUCAAAGAACCAAUUUUCAGGAAACAUCCCAAGCACCAUAUCACUUCUUCAAAACCUGCUCCAACUUUUCCUAUCCCAUAACAAGCUACAAGGUCAUAUGCCCCCCAAUCUUGGUGAUUUGGUGAGCUUGGAAUAACUGGAUCUGUCUGGGAACAAUUUAUCUGGUUCUAUUCCCAAGUCACUAGAGGCUCUGAAAUAUCUCAAAUACCUAAAUGUUUCUUUCAAUAAAGUACAAGGAGAGAUUCCAAACGGAGGACCCUUUGCAAACUUCACUGCUGAAUCUUUCAUCUCCAACCUAGCACUUUGUGGAGCACCUCGAUUUCAAGUCAUGGUACUUGAGAAAGAUACUAGAAGGAACACAAAAUCACUCCUCUUGAAAUGUAUUGUCCCUCUGAGUGUAUCAUUAUCAGCAAUAAUAUUAGUGAUUCUCUUUAUUCUAUGGAAGCGAAGACACACCAAGUCAGGAACUCCGGUUCAAGUUGAUUUGCCGCUUCCCAGAAUGCAUAGAAUGAUUCCACAUCAAGAACUCCUUUAUGCAACCAGCUACUUUGGUGAAGACAAUUUGAUUGGAAAAGGAAGCUUAGGAAUGGUAUAUAAAGGGGUACUAUCCGAUGGGUUGAUUGUUGCUGUGAAGGUUUUCAAUUUGGAAUUGCAGGGAGCUUUCAAGAGUUUUGAGGUAGAAUGUGAAGUAAUGCGGAAUAUUCGCCAUCGAAAUCUUGCCAAGAUAAUUAGUAGUUGCUCCAACUUGGACUUCAAAGCGUUGGUGCUUGAGUAUAUGCCUAAUGGGAGCUUAGAGAAGUGGUUGUACUCUCACAAAUACUACUUGGAUUUUGUCCAACGAUUAAAAAUUAUGAUAGAUGUGGCAUCAGGGUUGGAGUAUCUCCAUCAUGAUUACUCAAAUCCUGUGGUUCACUGUGACUUGAAGCCCAGCAAUGUCUUGUUAGAUGAUGACAUGGUUGCACACAUAAGUGAUUUCGGCAUUGCAAAACUGUUGAUUGGAAAUGAGUUUAUGAAGCGAACCAAAACCUUGGGCACCAUAGGCUAUAUGGCACCAGAGUAUGGCUCAGAGGGAAUAGCAUCCACAAAAGGUGACAUAUAUAGUUAUGGGAUCAUGCUGAUGGAAACUUUUGUUGGGAAGAAGCCUACUGAUGAAAUGUUCAUGGAGGAACUAACCUUGAAGAGUUGGGUGGAGUCAUCAACCAACAACAUAAUGGAGGUUAUAGAUGCCAAUCUCCUGACAAAAGAAGAUGAAAGUUUUGCCUUAAAACAAGCUUGUUUUUCUUCCAUCAUGACAUUAGCUUUAGAUUGUGCAGCUGAGCCUCCUGAGAAGAGGAUUAACAUGAAAGAUGUGGUGGUUAGACUCAAGAAGCUCUUGAAUCAAAUUGUUGAUUUAAAGACUCCAUAAUUAAAAAGAAGGCAUGGAGAUUAUGUUCCUUUCUUCCACCCUGAGCUUAUUUAAGAGUUCACAAAUCAAGAACUGAGGGACCAUUAAGCAUGGCCUGCCAGGUGGUUGAAAGUUCCUUAUUAUAUCAACUCUAUGCAAAUUAUGCUCAAAUGUGUGUGUAGUUCCAUCUAUUUUCCCCAAUGUAAUUCAGCUUGAAUAAUGCCAUGAAUCCGAAUGCUUUUACUUCGUAUUUU